UAUGUUCUCUAUUUAAUACACUGCAUGAUCUCCCUAAAGCAAUCAAAUGGCUAACAAGAUUUUUAAAAUACAGCUUUGUCAGUGAAGAACUCGUUGAUCUGCUCCAUGUACUUCCAAUAUUUACGUUAUUUCCCGAUGAAUAAGUCUUAUUUGUUCAAAUAUAUAUUCUACAAACAUGGGUAAAUCAAUAUUUUGCCGACAUACUCAGUGAAAGUUUUUUUCGGAUGGAAGUGACAUUUUACUGCCACCAAAAGAGGGCGCAUUCAAGUAUAAAGCCGUAGAAUAUUUUGUUAUUUUAAAACUGCAUUAUUGCCUGUAGUAACUGAAAUAAUAAUAAUAAUAAUAAUAAUAAUAAUAAUAAUAAUAAUAAUAAUAUAUUGUUUAUUUUUAUCGCUGUUGUAUUGUCAUCGUUGUCAUCUUCGAUUCAACAUCAAACGAAAAGUCAAUGCCAUUUUCAUUAUCGUUUACAAAUAGUUUCGCCACUAUUAGGUGCGCUCACAGACCAGUCUAAUCAUGAGGCUUAGACACGUUUUAUUGAGUAGUUUUCAUUUAACCACACCUUGCAAAAUGUGCAUUUCACAGGCAGAUAUACUAAAAGCGGUUUAUUUAUUUUUCUCUAGACUGGAGUCUUUCCGUUUUAUCAUGGCCAGUUUUCCUGAAUUUGCCGAUGGGGUCUGUAAAAUCUCUCACAAUCAAAUAAAAAAUGUAAUAACCUACAUAGCAAACAGAACGCAUUCCGUCCACGAUAAAAAAAAAACGGUUGCCAGGUAACACAAUUUCUCAUUUUAAGAACUCAUAUUUUACUAUUAUUUAAAAAAGCUAAAUUAAUAACAAGACAGCGGAUGGGGGAAAAUUAACAUGACAAGACAAUUAUUGUACAUCCUCAAAAAUAAACAAUUUCCAGGUUUUUGAAAGGUUUUUGUUUGUUCCAUCUGUUACUAGGCGCGUAGGCCUGCCCUAUUUCGAUUUUUUCGUUUUAAUUGCAGUUACAAUGUCCUUUUACGUUUCUCUGUUUUAUAUGACCACCUGAUUAGCUGGGCUGAACUACAAUAACAGCACGACAUGGACAACAUAGUGAAACUAAAUACAUUGACAAUGAACCGCGAGGCAUAUUCAGACAUGAUCAAAGAUUAUAUUUUGUAGCAAAACGUGUAUUUUACAAUAUAUGUAAAAAAUAUAUUCGCCUGAUAUGCACUCAGAAUUAUGACGAGCAAGACGAGGUGAAACAUGUUUUUUUUGUUCGAGCUUUUUACGAAGAUGUGAAAUAAAAAAUGCUAUAUAAAAUGUCUGUAUUUAAUCAUUUAAAUAUAGCCUCUAUGGAUUUUUCGAUGUCAUCCCCACAUGUGUGUCAAUAAGCAUAGCCUACAUAAACCCAAACAACCCACGCAUGCUAUGUAUUCAUACAAUUGUGUUUUCAAGUCUGCACAGAGUAGUAGACAUAUUGAUUUGUUGUAAGGAAAAUACAGACCUAUGAGUGCAUAACCGACCAUACUCAGUCGUCCACAGAGAAGGUUUGGGGAUAAAUUGUUCGGCGGCUUUCACGAUGCUGGGUGCAGUUAAAAUGGAGGGACACGAACAUUCAGACUGGAGCACCUAUUACGCAGAGCCAGAGUGUUACACCUCUGUUGGAAAUAUGAACCCGGGGCUGGGGAUGAACUCCAUGAACACGUACAUGAGUAUGUCAGGAAUGAGUUCUGGCAACAUGACCGCCAGCUCUAUGAACAUGUCCUACGUGAACACAGGAAUGAGCCCGUCCGUAACGGGCAUGUCACCGGGUGCUGGGGCCAUGAAUGGCAUGGGCGCAGGGAUGGCGAGCAUGAGCGCGGCGCUCAGCCCGAGUAUCAGCCCCAUGGCCGCACAACCUCCGUCUAUGAACGCCUUGAGCUACACCAACAUGAACGCCAUGAGCCCCAUGUAUGGACAAUCUAACAUUAGAUCACGGGACCCGAAAACAUACCGGAGAAGCUACACGCACGCCAAGCCCCCUUAUUCGUACAUUUCCCUCAUCACCAUGGCCAUUCAACAGUCGUCCAACAAGAUGCUCACGCUGAGUGAGAUCUACCAGUGGAUCAUGGACCUUUUCCCGUUUUACCGUCAGAACCAGCAGCGCUGGCAGAACUCUAUCCGCCACUCCUUGUCUUUCAAUGACUGCUUCCUUAAAGUGCCCAGGUCCCCGGACAAACCGGGCAAAGGCUCAUUCUGGACUCUUCACCCCGACUCCGGGAACAUGUUUGAAAACGGCUGCUAUCUCAGGAGGCAAAAGCGAUUUAAAUGCGAUAAAAUGCACUGUAAAGAGUCCAACAGGAAGGCAUCAGAGGGCGGAUCUAACAGUAGUUCUGAAAGCUGCAACGGACACGAUUCACCGCAUUCUAAUUCAUCCUCUAAGGACCCCAAAAGGUCUGCGUCUGAUGCGAAGUCCAGGCAAGACCUGAGCCCCGAACACGCGGCCUCACCCGCCUCCCAGGCGCACCACCUGAUGUCACAGCAUCACUCGGUCCUCGUGCACGAAGCUCACCUGAAGCCGGACCACCACUUUUCCUUUAACCAUCCUUUCUCUAUUAACAAUCUCAUGUCUUCGGAGCAACAGCACCAUAAAAUGGACCUAAAGACAUACGAGCAGGUGAUGCAUUACUCUGGGUAUGGUUCUGCAAUGACAGGUGCGCUAUCCAUGAGUUCAAUGGCGAGCAAAACGGGCUUAGAAUCCUCACCAAUAUCCGCUGACACGUCCUACUACCAAGGUGUGUAUUCCAGACCGAUAAUGAACUCUUCUUGAAUAUUCUACGACAGAUGGACUUUACCGGAAAUUUGUACAUUUGUAAAUUGAUAAUUUGUGCGCACUACAAAGUAUUUUUGAUGUUUCCCACUGAUCCUAUAGUUGUCAAGGUUGUUAAACAUUUUUGUAAAGGGGUGUUAAAAUGUGAUAAUAUCUGUUUGUUGUUUUCAUUAUCGAGUUUUAAUAUGGACCGAAAAUGGGUUAGUGUUGUAAAAUAAAAAUGAAGAUUCUAUGGUAAUUACAUAAGAUGCAAUUUUGGAAACUGAAGUUUUUCAGACGAGUAACUUAUCGUUUGUGUAUUCCUUAUUUAUGGCUUGUUAUUGUGAUAUUCUUGUAGUUGACAAGAACAUAAUGUAUAUUAAAGUGUUAUUUGGAUUGUUUAUGAA